GUACAUACAUACUUUGCGAAACAAAUUAAUCUCUCCCGUCACUGCUGCUGGUAGUCCUAUUUCUCAUAAUAAUUUAAUUAAUUUCGUAUUUUCUAUCAUGACUGCUAAAUCUAUGUUCCCAAAUACAGUUUUAGUUUUAACGGUUAUCAUACUUUGCAAAGCUUUGGCGAAAGAUGAGAACCAUUAUGAACUGCCCGUGAUCGAGGUUACACAAGUGUCCAAGACCGAUGAUUACUUUUCCACAAACGUGUCACAGUUGGCGAACAGAGGCAACGACGAGUAUUAUUCGAUAAUAGGACAAGACAUCAUCGUUGGAGAAAGCACGUUGGGAAUAACUCUAAAAUGUUCAGCAUCAUACCCUGUGUAUUGGACAAUGAAUAACACAAUUGAGAUAAUUGACGAUAGUUUAGCAGUUUUUGAUCUUUCUGAAAUCGAGACUUAUACGACCAGGGAGGUUGACGUUUUUGGGUCAACAGAAAACCAAAAGCAUUCCGCAAUCAUAAAGUUCUGGAGCAUUUCUCCAUCAAUGACAAACAAUUACACUUGCAGAUCAGUUAAAAAUAACUACAUUCAGAGUAGCAGAUACAUUUAUGCAUCAGGAUAUUCGCAAACGUACUUGGUUUAUGCUGGCCAAACUUUUACCAUUGGCAUUGGUUCAAAUCAAAUGGUGACAUCUCCUUGCAAAAUCAUUACCCCAAAUGUUCAUGAUAUUCAACUGAAAUUGUUCAAAGAGAGAAACGUAUUGGGUGGCACAGUUGACUCUGAAAAUUGGGAGUUGCUCAAUACCAACGAAUCGAUAAGUUACGAUCCACACUAUGGAUAUUCUUUCAGAGUCGCCGAACUUGCAGGAAUAUUGGGAUGGUACAAAUGCACAGCCGACGAUUCUAAUGCGCUAGAUGUACUUCAUUUCGCAAUUGUGACAUCAGAGAACAAAACAUCGGAUGCCAGUAAAUUCGAAAUCAGGGCGGUUUUGAAGGGUUCAGCUGCAAUCGAGAUUAACAAUGAGCAUGGUUUAAUGAAAUGCUGCUCAAAUGGAGAGAAACCACCCUUGAUGAAAAUUUUAUUUUGCAACAAUCCACCAGAAUGUGACAUAAUCAAGUCUACAGCAGCACUUGGAAAAUUCUCGCGAUGGGGGUUCUUUGAAUACGUCAAAAACUGUUCUGAACAAAGGUUCUACUCAUGGACAUCUUUCUGGUUAAAGUGCGAAGGGGAUGGAAUUGAUGUGUUUGAUUCUUAUUCAUUUUACUUUCAAAAUUCCUCUCAAGAUUUGAAUUAUCAUCCAAUUUAUCAUCCAUACUCCCUGUCAACUCAACAGAUACCUGCGGAACGUUUACUUUAUGUCACAAUCCAGAAGGACUACCACACUAAUUUUCACAGCCAAUUUAACGAUAAUCCACUGCAUGAGAUAUUUUCUGGUGAAAGUUUUACGUUCAUCUGUUACAAGUCUGCAUAUGUGUUUUCAUCCGGCAGCUUUUGGAAGGUAUCCUUUAAGAAUGGGACAUCCAAGAAAUUGUCAGGGACACACGGAUAUUUCGACCCUGGAGAGCAAGAAUUGAGGUUGACACUUAAGAUGGAGGUCACAAUGGACUCUGUAACCUGUUGCGCUCCUGUGUGGAACAGCACAGAGUGGGUUUCGAAGGCUUACAAAACGGAGGUCCAAGAAUCAUCUCGACCUGUGCCAAAUAAUGGAGACACUGAAUCCAUCAGGUGGACCUUGAAUCAGACUGAUAGGGAAUUGGAAUGUAAUUUUUUGGGAACGCCUGUGCCUCAAAUCCAAUGGUCGAAGGAUGACAAAAUUUUGGAAUCAAAUGAUAUUUUUAUAAUUCAUGUUAACGGGUCAAAAAGUAGAGUGGAAUUUCUCCACGGGGUUUCUCAUGAGGUUCAUGGGAAAUUCGUUUGCAAUGGUACGAACGUGGCUGGAACAUCAUCAAAAGUGUUUUAUGUUUACAUCGAAGAAGACGAUACGUCCCACACCAUCGCCACCGUCGUCAGUGCCAGUCUCGGUCUUGUAUCAAGCCUUAUUUUGGUCUUCGUAAUAUGGAAGUUUAUCCAACAAAGGAGACUUCGUACUCGGGGAGAAGCUGAAGGAACAACUUAUCAGUCUGCUGACCAAUGUCCUUAAUUACAAGUCCAUUGCUGAAUUUAUAUAGAUAAAAAAUUAAUACCCAUACAAAUAGCAUGUUCUUUAGCAAUUUAUGUGAGAUACGAUAAUUUGGCACUUUUACGAUGACGAAAAAAGGAAAUAGUAGACGAACAGGAGAUCGAUUAAAAACCUUUUUGCAAUUAAGUAUCCAACUACUUUCCUACACCAUUACAUUCCUAAUCGAUAAAUUAAUGAAAUAAA